AUGGCGAACUCUUACACAACACGAGUUUUCCCACAACCCGAUAUUCGCUCACCUCACGCACAGCCAGCAGGGUCGAAUUCUUCAUUCAGCACUUCUCUUGCCUCUUCACCUGCAUUAUCAGUUUCUACGCAAUCGCAAUCUACCUUCUUAGCAUAUGAUAAUUCUGGGUUUGAUAUAAACACUCUAGUCGAUGCAGCAUUAUCGCAGGCAAAACUUGAUCCCGAGGUAGUUGUUGCAGCCGCACAGCUUUGUCGAUUGGCUAACGGACGAUGGGAGUCAUCAUCGCCGUUGUAUUUUGGCGGCGGCGGUGGCGGUGGUGGAAUGAAUGGGAUGACUGGAGUCAAUAAUUUCAACGGUAUUAGCGGCGUCAAUAAUAAUAAUGUUAUUAACAACUUUGGCGGAUUAAGUUCAGGAGCAAGCGGUACUAUUGAAAGGAAUUCCAAACCAAACAGUAAAAGUCCAUCUGUAAUGGCCUUGUCUAAUCUUUUGCUUCCGGAUGAGACCGAAUUUGCAAGUCAAAGCGUAUACGACUAUGCAUAA